AUGGACACUGUUACGGGUGUAGCCUCGUCUGAAGACGUUCCAGCCCCUCGAGAGCUGGGCUCACCUAAAUCCGGCAACCUUCAAACAAAGAGUUAUGACCUGUUGUCCUGUGUUGGGGCAAGACAAACAAUAUGCGGCCAACUGCAAUCCGGAGCCCUGAAGAUGUUCACUUUUACUGGCACCGAAACUGAGGCUGGAUGUACAGACCUGAGGGUGCUGGGACCAGUUCAGCAGCCCAUCUUCUGUCUGUUCUCGCCUCCUAAUUCCGGUUCUUGCCAGCCUCCGCCCCAUCCUCCACACUGCCGUCACCACAUCUCGUCAGACAGCCAGGCAGAGCUAGCAGAAACCCUGUUUCCUUAG